AUGGAGUCGCGCACUCAGCCCACUGACAUCGUCACCUGGGCCUUCUCAGGAACCUACGACUCGAGUCGCACCAUUCUCAUCGAUGCCGUCAAUCCGGCGAGAUCAAUUACGAAACAGGUGGCAGUCGGCUUGGUCGCGCGCCUGGUCGGAGCUUUCGAAGAGGACACCACAGUCUGUCUUCAUCUCGACAACGACAUUCUGUACCCCAUACUGAGCCUCUCGAUUUACGCCUCGAAGUGUCGCUGGACCGGAUCCAACACCAGCAACAAGGUCCCCGAGCUAGAGCACAUCUUCCAGUCGUCGAAUGCGAAGUAUGUCGUCACUGCUGCUGAGCACCUCGAGGUCGUAAAAGCGGCUGUCAAGAGCAGUGGAAUUGGCGCAGAAAUUAUCCUCUUCGCCGACAUACUCGAGCUUGACCGCACGCCAUACCAAAGUCCAUCUUGUAGUCGCAAGUUCAACCCAGGCCACAAGUCGGAGACUUUCCGCGACCUCCACGACUUGCUAAGCAACGGCACUCCAGAAACUCUGGCGCACAUGCUCAAGGACAUCGACCCGCAGUCCAUCGCCUCUUUGAUGUCGACUUCUGGCACCACUGGUCGGCCGAAGAUGGCAGCUCGCACGCAUGCAUCGACGGUGCUCGAGACCGCAGCCAUAGCCAAGAACGAGCAUGACCUCAAGCCAUAUCAAGUCCGCCGUCUCUUCUGCACGCCGACCUUCCACGCCUUCACCAUGCCGGAGCUCGUCAUCAACUCCAUCCGCCUUGGCCACCCAGCGUACAUCAUGAAGCGCUUCGACGACGCCACCUUCCCGGCCAAGAUCGCCGAGUUCGAGAUCACCGAGACUCUUGCUCCACCUGGAGUUCUCCUGAGGUUGAUCAACAACGCAGCGUGUCGAGAGCAAAUCCAGUCCCUACGUGCCGUCUAUACCGGUGGGGCGCCGUUGGUGCCGGAGCUCAAAGCCAAGUUCCUCAGCCUAUAUCCAAACGAGAAGCCACGCAUUGCGCCUGUGUGGGGUAUGACCGAGGGUGGAUGGUUUACCACCUUCAAGUAUCCCGAGAACGACAUGACGGGAUCCGUUGGUCGCCCUCUCCCAGGUUUCGAAAUUAAGAUGAGCCUCGAGACGCCCGUGAGAAUCGCAGAUGGUCGUGAGACGGGUGAGUUGCUGGUACGAUCGCAGCAGCUCAUGGCUGGUUACCUCAACAACCCCGAAGCCACUCGCACUACCUUCACUGACGAUGGAUGGCUCCGUACCGGCGACAUCGGCUACGUGGCGGAAGAUGGCAAGGUCUAUCUCGUCGAUCGUGCGAAGGAUCUGAUCAAGGUCAAUGGAUGGCAGGUAUCGCCAGUAGAGCUCGAGGACGCUCUACUCAUCUCGCCAGAUGUCAAGGACUCGGGAGUGAUCAGCUCCGGCGAGCAUGUGAACGAGCAUCCAUUGGCAUUCGUGGUGCGAUCCGAUAGCAGCCCGGACGUUACGGCCAGCGAGCUCAAAGCACACAUGCUCACGCAGCUCGCCAGUUACAAGGUCCGUAGCUGCGAGUUUCAGUUCAUCAACGAGAUCCCGAGAAGCGCGACAGGCAAGAUCCUGAGGCACGAAUUGAGAGCAUUGGCAGUCCAUUAG